CUGUCUUAUAGAGUCCAUUUAAUGGCGAGAACGAAAACUCUCAAAAUCUGUAGGGACCGUAACUGCUGUGUUCGGCAUUUCCUUUCCUCUUUAUAUUUAACAUUCUCUCUGUAAUUCCUUUAUUAAAACCUCCUCGUUAUCUUUCUUCGUCAACGAGAUUGUUUUUUCGUUCUUUUCCGUUUGUUUUCCGGGAAAAAAAAAUUAGAAGAAGAGCACCAAACUCGCGUUUUAUUUUCUUCCUUUUUAUUUCAGGUACCUUGUGAAUACAGGUACAACAUUCCAACUCACAACUUUUAAGAUACAAGCAUAUUCCCUCUUAUGAAGAGCUAUUAGGGAAGAUUCUGUUGCUAAUUGCAAGAACAGAAAAAAAAAAAAUGUCUUCCACAAACAAGGCUGAUACGAAAGCAGCUAUUGAUGCAGCCUCAUGGAUGUUCAAUAUUGUCACAUCUGUUGGAAUUAUCCUUGUCAAUAAAGCAUUGAUGGCCACCUAUGGCUUUAGUUUUGCUACGACAUUAACUGGUCUGCAUUUUGCCACAACUACCUUGUUAACUAUUAUUCUUAGGUGGCUGGGAUAUAUCCAGGCAUCUCAACUACCACUAUCCGAGCUUCUGAAGUUUGUUUUGUUUGCAAAUUUCUCUAUUGUUGGAAUGAAUGUGAGUUUGAUGUGGAACUCAGUUGGAUUUUAUCAGAUUGCAAAGUUGAGUAUGAUCCCUGUAUCCUGUUUUCUGGAAGUUGUAUUAGACAAAGUACGUUAUUCAAGGGACACAAAGCUUAGCAUAGCAGUAGUUCUCCUUGGUGUUGCUGUCUGUACUGUUACAGAUGUCAGUGUCAAUGCCAAAGGAUUUAUAGCUGCAGUGGUGGCAGUUUGGAGCACUUCCUUGCAGCAAUAUUAUGUACAUUUUCUUCAACAGAGGUAUUCUCUAGGAUCUUUCAACUUAUUGGGGCACACUGCUCCAGCACAAGCUGUAUCUCUGCUGUUGGUAGGACCUUUCUUGGAUUACUGGUUGACAGAAAAAAGAGUUGACACCUAUGCAUAUAGUUUCACAUCUGUGUUGUUCAUAAUCCUGUCGUGCAGUAUUGCAGUGGGGACAAACCUCAGCCAAUUCAUUUGCAUUGGCCGGUUUACUGCUGUGUCAUUCCAAGUGCUUGGUCAUAUGAAGACAAUUCUUGUCCUGACCUUAGGAUUUAUUUUCUUCGGGAAGGAGGGUCUUAAUCUUCAAGUAAUUGUAGGUAUGAUCAUUGCAGUAGCAGGAAUGAUCUGGUAUGGUAAUGCUAAGGCCUCGUCUAAGCCAGGAGGGAAGGAACGCCGUAGUCUUUCAAUGAAUGGUAACAAAGCACAAAAACAUGAUGGGUUAUCAAAAUCCACUGAAGUGGAUGAUAAGGUUUAGUUUUCGGUUAAAAGUCCAAAGAAAAGAGGGAAAAAAAAAGACAAAGAAUUAAGCAUCUUAGAUCAGCUGAUUUCAGGAUCUCUUUUAUACCCGGGAGGGCAUAUUCUCCGGCUACUAUAAACUUUUAAUAUUUUUUUUCCCAUUGUAGAUUAUUUUCUGGUUUUCGAAUUCCAGUAAAGGAUGUUAUUGAGUGGAACGCAAAAUAUAGAAUAAAAGUUACAUUGUCCAGUCA